GAGAAAGGAAGGCGCUCCAGUUCCGGGUCAGGCCCUUCGCUACCCUCCCUCGGCCUUCACCAUGGCGGGUAACAGCGGCUCCGGGGCUGCGGCGGCGGCGGCGAAUCUGAAUGCAGUGAGGGAGACCAUGGACGUUCUGCUUGAGAUUUCAAGAAUUUUGAAUACUGGAUUAGAUAUGGAAACUCUGUCUAUAUGUGUCCGGCUCUGCGAACAAGGAAUUAACCCAGAAGCUUUAUCUUCAGUUAUUAAGGAACUUCGCAAGGCCACUGAAGCAUUAAAGGCUGCUGAAAAUAUGACAAGCUGACUUUCUGAAGAAAUGCAAUGAGCUAUGUCAAGCUCUGCAAAAGGAUUGAAGACGGCAUUGUAGUCAAGAAUGUACAGUGAACUGACUGCAUGUAGCAGUGUGGAAACAUUGUCCUUUUUGAAAGAAUUAUAAAACCAUAGCUUUAUAAAUCAGUGGAAAGUGGCUUAUAGAAAGAACUAUCAUUCGUGUUUACACCCGUCCUUCUUUCUUAACAGCUGUAAUCCUUUGGCGUUGCUGUAUUCAUAUUUAUGUAUGCCUUAUUUAUAGCACUGAUAGCUUUAAUUUUCUAAGCAGUCUGUCUAUCAGAUGUGCACAUCUGCUGGGCCCAGUUGAAGUAUAGUGGAACCCAUCAUUAGUAAUGUUGUAGUUAUGACUUGUUGACAUUUCCAUUAUAAACUUUAAUUUUGAAUUAUUUAUGCAAAAUAGCUGUGGAUUUAUGUUGUAUGAGGCUAAAAGUUGACAGAAUUUCAGUUGCCAUUUGUGGAUUUUGAUUUAGAUUCAUUAGGUAUAUCAGAAUCUUAUUUUUCAUAAGAGCAUGGAAAACACUUGUCAUCUGCUCUUUAACAAAAAAUAUUUAGUUUUUGAAAACAUAGGGUUUGACUGACGGUGAAUAGUGUGAACCAGAUCAUAUUUGUAUUGAGUGAAAAAUAGAACUUUUCGAAACUUAGGUUGUAGAAAUAAUGACAGGAGUUCCCUGUUGGCUCAGCAGGUUAAGUAUUAGGCAUUGCCACUGUUGUGGCUUGGGUCACUACUGUGCCAAGGGUUUGAUCCCUGGCCUGGGAAUGUUUGUGUACUGUGGGUGCUGCCCCCAAAAAAACUAAUGACAGUGCUUAGCUUAGUAUUAUUUAUCAUUUGAGUCAUUUAAAUUCAGUGAGAAUUUUGAUUGAGAAUGUUUUUACAAGUUUUACACCUGUAGAUCACAAUCUUAAAAAAAAAAAGCGUAAUGAAACAUUUCCAGCAUGAAAAGUUCUUUUUACUUUGUUGCAUAAAAAUAAUUUGAGUGCUUACCUGAUAUACCUUGAGUGGUUAUCUAGUAAAUCACUAAAUGGGCAGUGUCUUUCAACGAAUAUGUUAUUAUUUUCUGAAGAAAUAAAUAUUUCCAGUCAUUAAGCAAAAACUAAAUCAAAUGUUUUAUAUCAGGAAUUCUAAAUAUGCCUUCCUUAAGAUCAUUUUUUGUAUCAUUAUUUUUACCCUGAAAGUUUAAACUAAUCAGAGUGAUGGGUGGUUCAAAAUAAAUUUCAGAAAACUUAGGAUAGUACUGAUUCUCUUUCUGCAACAGAAUAUCAGUGGAAAAUUUUUCCAAGACUAAUACAAGUUUAGUCUGAUUUUGAAGACUUCAUUAGUUUCCAAUUAAAUGAUGGUACAAGCAUAUAUUUGGUGGCAUUUUUUUCUUCUUCAAACAAAACUGAACUGAUUUUAAUAAAGGUUAGUAAUCUUUAAAUGGGAAUCUUCUGUUUUAAAAAUUUAGUCUUUUGACCCAUUUUGACUUUUUAAAUGCAUGGCAUCUUUCUCCAAGUGCACUAAAGGUCUGUUUUGGAAGAACUGGGAGACAAUAAAACUUUUGUUACAAGUCA